AUUUACUUUCCAAAUUAAUCUACGUGAAAUUGUUUUAAAAAAACUUCCACUUCUUUUACCUAAUGGUAAAUUUUAUGUCCCCAUUGAGUCUUGGGUGUCCGGGAACCGUGAAAAAGUGGAAGGGCCCCGCUACGUCGUCAUCGUUCGAUCGAACGCCGCCGCCUCGUCGUAAUCCGCAUGAAUGGAAUGGUCUAGGCUUGACAUACGGUGCCUCUGUCAUCCAGUUCAGUGAUGCGUUUCGCGAGUGUCGCACGGAGUUUUUUCGCGAUCGAAAGUGGCCAUACCUGACGGGGACUUUCUACUAGGUGUAGUACUUCCUUGAAGCGGGUCGAAGAAGAAAGUUGCUGUCUUAUCUCUAAACAACCCGGCAGCAGAUAUCCAAGUAAGCUAGGCCGCCGAAGAAGUGUGUCGCAUAUGUAGCAAGCAGCCAUGAAGAAAGUAAAUCAUCAGUCAAAAAUUAUGAGUUAAACAACGGGACGAUAGAAUCGUGUUAGGUUUCGCGUGUAAUUCCCGGGCGUUCCGCAGAGUUCCUCGUGAUAAGUGUCCAUUCAAAUUAAAGAGAUCCAAAUCUCGGAAGCCUUUCUUAACGACAGCUGCUUAAAACGUACAGAGGGCAACAGGAAACCCCAAAAUAAAUAAACAUGUCACCGGCAUUCCUGGCUGUGAUAGCCGUCAUUUUGUGCAUCCUGUUUCGGAUACUGAACGUCAGCAGUCAACCAGCGAUUCCACAGCUAUUCUGCAAGGAUGGCCAGUUCAUGGAAUGCUUCAACAAAAUUGCACCGAUGCUGCGAGAACCUUACAUUCCAACGCGCCUUUGGGGCUUCAGCGGUCACAUCCAGACCAUUAUCCACAGCAUCGUGGGCCGGGUUAAAUGUCCCUGGCCGCUGGGCGAACGAGUCUAUCUGAUCCUGGCAGACGGCUCGACGCUGACGUACGAUUUGUAUCAACCGUUGAUUACUUCGGUCGAAGACGACAUUACCGUAGCGAUAUGUCCCGGAAUCGGAAAUUCCUCCGAAUCGGUCUACAUACGAACGUUCGUACAUUAUGCACAGUGCCACGGAUAUCGGUGUGCGGUGCUCAAUCACAUCGGCGUUUUGGACAGCGUUCAGGUUACCUCUACUCGGAUUUUUACGUACGGUCACACCGACGACUAUUCGGCCAUGAUCAACAACCUGCUGAAAAAGUACCCCACGACUAAUGUUGUGUCCGUGGGCUUUUCCCUCGGCGGAAAUCUGAUAUCGAAGUACCUGGGCGAAGCGUCCCGGCCGCAGAACAUCAUCGGGGGCGUCUCCAUCUGCCAGGGCUACAAUGCUGUCAUGGCGACCCAGUGGCUGCUGAAAUGGCAAAAUUUCCAUCGCUUCUAUCUGUACGUUCUGACCGAGAACGUGAAAAGUAUCAUCAUGAAGCACCGGCACGUGCUGCUGUCGGAUGACAUCAAACACCGCUGCCAGCUGAAUGAGCGGGACAUCGCGGCGGCGGCCACGUUGCCGGAACUGGACGAGGCCUACACCCGGCGGGUGCACAAUUUUAGCAACGUCAAGGACAUGUACAGCUGGAGCAGUUCCCUGAACUAUUUGGCCAACAUCAAGCGGCCGAUGGUGUUCAUCAAUGCCCGGGACGAUCCGCUGGUACCGGAUGUGCUGCUUAGCCCGGUCAAGGAGUUUGCAG